AUGGGCAUCGUGCAGAGCAGCCGCAGCGGCGAGAGCGAUGGCGGUGUGCGCGAGGUAUUCGUCGGCGGUGUCAAGGCCGGCGUGCCUCAUCACUCGUGUCAACCCAGCCUGGGUAUGGGCAGCCUGGGCGGACCGCACGCACGCAGCGGCAGCGUACGCAGCGCGCCGAGACAACCGAUGCCGGAUACCGUCGAGCUCGAGAGACGCUUCACCAAAGUGCUGGCCUCCAUGGAUCUGCCGCCGGACAAAGCGAAGCUGUUGAAGCAGUACGACAACGAGAAGAAAUGGGACAUCAUCUGCGACCAAGAACGGGUACAGGCGAAGGAUCCACCGGCCCACUACUUAGCGAAACUGCGCACCUACCUGGAUCCCAAAGCAUCACGAAGCCAUCGAUCGUAUCGUUUCCUUACAUUCUUCCAGAAAAGGAAAAUGGUUGGCGAGUCCACGUCUACUCAAGUAUUACGAGACUUGGAAAUAUCUUUACGCACGAAUCACAUCGAAUGGGUGAGAGAGUUCUUGGACGAAGAAAAUCAAGGCCUGGAUGCUUUGAUAGACUAUCUCAGCUUCAGGCUAUUGAUGAUGCGGCAUGAGCAACGGCUCUUGGAAUCUCAUACGAGUUCCGAGGAAAAAUUACAAACCGGCAGCACCGGUGGUGAUACCUCGCCGUUGAACAACGGAUGCCUGAGGCCGCCUCUUCACGAGCUCAAAGACAGCCCCGGUGUCAAGAGGAGAUCCAGACACGUGGCGCGCCUAAACAUGGGCGAAGCUAAGGACGACAUUCAUGUUUGCAUACUCUGCAUGCGUGCCAUCAUGAAUAACAAGUAUGGAUUCAACAUGGUUAUCCAACACAGGGAAGCCAUCAACUGCAUCGCAUUGAGCUUAAUCCAUAAAAGUCUGAGAACGAAAGCUCUCGUGCUAGAGUUGCUUGCUGCGAUCUGCCUGGUGAAGGGUGGCCAUGAGAUUAUUUUGUCAGCGUUCGAUAACUUCAAGGAAGUCUGUUGCGAGAGGAGAAGAUUCACGACUCUCAUGGCGUAUUUCACUCAGUACGACAGCUUCCACAUAGAAUUCAUGGUCGCUUGUAUGCAAUUCGUCAAUAUUGUCGUACACUCGGUCGAGGAUAUGAACUUCAGGGUGCAUCUGCAGUACGAAUUCACGAAGCUCGGGCUGGACGAGUAUCUCGAGAAGCUCAGGCAUACGGAGAGCGAAGAUUUACAGGUUCAGAUCUCGGCUUACCUAGAUAACGUGUUUGAUGUGGCUGCCUUGAUGGAGGACAGUGAAACUAAGACUGCGGCGUUAGAAAAAGUAGCGGAAUUAGAGGACGAGCUUGGCCAUGCGCACGACCGAAUGGCGGAGCUGGAAAGAGAGUCGCUGGCGAAACUGGCGGAAUUGGAGACCGAAUUGGGCGCUCUGAAAGUGGAAUACGCCGACGCCUUGGAAGCGCGCAGGCUAGUGGAGGAGGAACUCACGGCUCUUAAGAGGCAGAGGCAGGACUCCGCCCGGAGGCAGAGCGUCUUGGAGAACAAGAUCAUCGAAUUGGAGACUCUCACGGGCACGCUCACGAAAGGCUCGUCAGUCGCUAGUCUACGAAACGGAACAGCGACGAGUCCUUUGAGCAACUCCGACAACGUGACGUCCUCACCGUUCACGUCCACGCCGUCGCCGACGGAUCCGACACCACCGCCAGCUCCGGCACCGCCACCCCCGCCCCCACCGCCGUGUCCGCCGCCGCCUCCUAUGGCGCCUCUCUCACCCGGAGAUCACAAGUUACCGCCGCCUGUGCCGAUACCGCCACCACCCGCUGGCAUGAUGCAAGCGCCCGACGGAGCGAUGACUAUUAAACGAAAAGUCCAAACAAAGUACAAACUUCCUACGCUUAAUUGGAUCGCUCUGAAACCUAAUCAAGUGCGGGGUACCAUCUUCAAUGAACUGGACGACGAUCGUCUGCACAACUACAUCGACUUCUCCGAUUUCGAGGAGCGAUUCAAGAUCGGAAUGAGCGGCCACGUGGCGAACGGCACCAACGAGAUCGACGGGCUGCAAAGCUUUCCCAGUAAACGAUUUAAAAAGCCGGAGAACGUAUCGCUCUUGGAGCACACGAGACUGCGAAAUAUUGCUAUAUCGCGCCGAAAGAUGGAAAUGCCGGUCGAGAAAGUGAUAAUGGCGGUGAAUGCCCUGGACUUGAAGGUCCUCUCGCUCGAAAAUGUGGAAUUGUUACAGCGCAUGGUACCUACGGACCAAGAGAUAAAGGCUUACCGUGAAUACAUUAUAGAGAAGAAGAACGUCAACUUGUUGACGGAGGAAGAUAAGUUUUUGAUGCAACUCGGCAAGGUGGAGAGGAUACCUACCAAACUGUCAAUUAUGAACUACAUCGGGAACUUUUUCGACAAUUUACACCUCAUUACGCCACAAAUACAUGCUGUGAUAUCUGCGUCCAGUUCGGUUAAGAGUUCAAAGAAGUUGAGAGCAGUAUUAGAGAUCAUUCUUGCCUUCGGGAACUAUCUAAACAGUAGCAAACGGGGCCCCGCCUACGGCUUCAAGUUACAAAGCUUAGAUACAUUAUUGGAUACGAAAUCGACAGAUAAAAGGAUGUGCCUUUUGCAUUAUAUCGUCGCCACCGUACGAGUCAAGUUUCCGGAGCUUAUUAACUUCGAAUCGGAGCUGAUGUACAUUGACAAGGCAGCAACAGUGUCGCUGGAGAACAUAACGACCGACGUUCACGAGCUGGAGAAAGGCAUGGACCUCGUGCGAAAGGAAUUCGAGCUGCGCGGCAAAGAGAAGCACAAUACGGUGUUGCGCGACUUCCUCAACAACUCUGAGGAAAAAUUGCGUCGCUUGAAGCUCGACGCGCGCACUGCCGGCGAGGCAUUCCGAGAAUGCGUCGAGUUCUUCGGGGAAAGCCCGAGGCAGGCUGACGCUAACACCUUCUUCUCCCUCCUCGUCAGAUUCGCAAGAGCGUUCAAGGCUGCGGAUCAAGAGAAUGAACAGCGUCGCAGAUUGGAGGCUGCCGCCGCAGAGGCUUUAAAUGCGUCGGAAGAAGUGAUAAAACGUAACAAAUUAAAUCAGAAGAAGCAACAGGACGCCGUUAUAAAUGAACUGAAGAACAAGACGCGAUUGGUGCAAGAGAAAAAGCUGUUGCAGCAGGACGAGGUGUAUAAUGGCGCCCUGGAGGAUAUUCUUCUCGGUCUCAGGUCCGAGCCGUACCGCCGGGCGGACGCCGUGAGACGUAGCCAACGACGGCGCAUCGAUAAUCACAGACUCUCGCGCACUGCCGAGGAGCUUGAGCUAUAAUUCCCGCGCGUCUAGUGCGACGAAGUGCUUCAAUUCUAGGAGAAAAAAAAUGCCUUGCCACGAUGAACGACGCAACGAUCGAUCGACAAUGUUUCACUGUAACUCUCAGUUUCAUUGUAACGCGAGCGGAAUCGGCGAGAGAGAGAGAGAGAGAGAGAGAGAGAGAGAGAGAGAGAGAGAACACUGAUAAUCAAUUUGAUAAUAUCGGAAAUAUAUUGUAAGAGAUAUACAGAGCACAAUGUUAGACACGCUAUUUGUACACUCUCCGACUUUUGGAAGCUUUUUUACGCAACGAUACAUAACGCGCUUCGUCACGGGGACGCGUGCAAAGAUUCGCGAGGAGCCGAACGACAAUAUAAAUUCAGUGUACGUCCAAUUCGACCGUUGGACUUUUCGCGCACAAGUCAUUUAGUGGUGCUUGAAGGUUCGAUCGUCUGUAUGCACUAGAGAUUUACGCGAGUUCUAGGAAGCUGUAAAUUUCGCGCUGUUAACGUGUACGACGUACGGAGCGGAGCACGCACAUAAUUAUAUUGCUCUGUAUGUGUAACGUAACGUAAUGAUAUAUGAUCUUUCUUCGCGUAGUGUUUAACGAGAAUCUCAUAGGUAAAGGAAAAAAAAUCGUAUAAUUCCUCCUUCGAUCUAGCGUAAUAGCCGUAUUAUCGAUUAAUGCAUUUUUCUGCAUUUCUCUAGGGCAAUUCUUGCGACGCCCGUCCGACACUUUGUUAACUCGAAAUUCACGUAUCGAUCUAAGCGACUUACUACUUUUCUACUUCUCACUCUCCGUUCGACAAAGAUGUGUAAACGUGAAAUUAUUUAAACUUAGUUGUUGUUGAUUGUUAUACGUAUAUUAAAGAUAUUUAUAAUUUUCAUAUCAAAUGUGAAUACGUUAAUUUUUUCAUUGAAUUGUUUAUAUAUAUAUAUAUAUAUACAUAUAUAUAUACAUCCUAGGUAAUUGCUAUACAAAGUGAACGAAACGUAUAACCGUUUAGUAAGUUUGUGUGUGUGUAUAUGUGUGUGUGCGUGUGUGUGUAUGUGGAAUCGGUCUAGAGGCACAGUCGCAGGUUUUAACGAAAUUCACGACACGGCGAUAUCUCCGUGACACAUUCCAACGACGUGUAACGCAAGUCUGGGAACUCGUUGCACGGGAGUUACAUUGCAGGUUAUAUCCAGCUUGAAAAAGGAAACGAAAAACAGGAACACCAGCGUUGCACAAGAUUCGGAAAUCAAUGUCCACACUUUCGUAUCGCGAAUAUACACGGUUGCAACAAAUAUAUUUUCUUGCAACGGAGAUAAUUAAGGUCGUACGUAUAUUACAAAAAUGAUAUAAUUGAUUACGUAUAUAUACUAUACAAUAAAUAUUCCACAUGUGUGUGUGUGUGUGUGAGACUUUUCGCGCGAUCAACGUUACGGUUGAGCGCCGGUACGCGAAGUGAGAUCUCUAGAGUUGCCUCGAGAAUCCUCCGGGCCUUUUUUCGGAAAUGGCAUUUUUCUACGAAAUACUUGCUACAUUCCUCGAACUCACCUCACGCUCCGUCGAGAAUACUUAUAACGCACUAACGCAAAUAACACACAAUAGCAUUUUUAUACUGUACUUUAAUAAUCGACGUGUAUUAAGCUAUGAAACUUACAGGGAAGGAUACGCGAGAGCACGUAUCCACGAAUCAAAAGUUCGAACGCCGAUCAUUGUACGAUCAUUCUGAAAAAAAAAAAGAUGAAAGAAAAUUCUUAUACGCAAACUCACAGCAAAAAAGACUGCAGUUCCACGAGCCUUUCCCCGAUUGACGACAUAUCUCAAGCUUUUCGAAGAAUCAAAUUAUAUUUUUACUUUUGUACGCGCGUUUUUGAUAUUAAAUAUUACUAUAUAAAGGGAAGAGAGAAAAAAAGAAAUGUAAAUAUCGCUGUAAUAUAUAUAACACACUUAGAUAAUUAUAAAAUGUAAUUACUAUCGAUUAUAGGUGAAUUGCCAAUGUGAUGUUUAGGUAAAAUAUUUCUUCUGUUGUAAGUAUUACUUAGCAAUAUCUCGUCCAUUAGCGAUUCGUGACGGAGGGGGGAGAGCUACUGUCUCGCAAAACUUUAGGAUUGGAGCAUCAACGGUGUCUUAUGUAUUUUUUUUUUGCAAAAAAUGUAAAUAAUGUGCAUUUCGUUAUAUAAGUUAUGAGAGUUAGCGGUAUGCUUUACUUUGUAUAAAACCAGAUAUAUAAAUGAAUAAAUAUAAUAGUACAUCUCUCACUACA